AAAAACAGCCAGCUUCCUCCUGCACUGCCUUUUCAUUAGGGGUAGAUGAAGCGUUCCUCAAGCCUUCAUCCCCUUUUCUGUUCUUUCGCCUUUCCAAAAGGGCUGUGGAGGGGUGUUUUGUGCUGCUUGUGCCGUUUCGUUGUUACACGGCCCUGCUCUGCACACCCGCGCCGGCCCGGGCCCGGCGGCUGCGCCUCCUGAGGGGCCGGGAGCCGCGCGGGGCCGCCUCAGCGCCGCCUCGGGGGAGGGGCAGCUUCUGGCACCUUCUGGCCGCCGGCGCGGGCGGGCCGGGUGCCGAGGGCCGGGUGCGGAGGGCUGGGGGCAGCGCCAUGGCCAAGUGGGGACAGGGGGACCCGCGGUGGAUCGUGGAGGAGCGCGCGGACGCCACCAACGUCAACAACUGGCACUGGACGGAGCGGGACGCGACCGGCUGGUCCAAGAGCAAGCUGAAGGAGGUGCUGGUGGGGCUGGCGGUGGAGGGCGAGGCCGGGCGUUGCGAGAUCAGCGAGCUGAAGCAGGCCGAGGGCGAGGCGUCCUGCAGCAGCCGGAAGGGGAAGCUCAUCUUCUUCUACGAGUGGAACCUGCGGCUCGCCUGGAGAGGUACAGUGAAAGAGUCUGGUGAGAAACAUAAGGGAUCUGUUGAAAUUCCUAACCUGUCAGAAGAAAAUGAGGUAGAUGAUACAGAGAUAAAUGUUAGCAAAAAGAAAGGGGAAGGCGACGUUCUGAAGGACCUUAUGAGAACUGAAGGAACCACAAAAGUCAGAGAGGCCCUCAGAGAUUACCUGAAAGCACUUAAAACAGAGUUUACCUUGGGAAUGAUUCUGCCAACAAAAGCUACUGGUCAGGAUGUGGCUGCUGAGAGAAUACUAAGUGGGAACGCCGUGCAGGCUUCUGUUUUGCCACAUUCUUCAGAUACAGUUGGUGUAAAAAUUCCAACCGUGAAGAUACUUAUGAGAGAAAUAUUCAACUCUCCAGCAGAUGAGCUUUAUAGCAUCUUCACAACUAAGGAAUUGGUACAGAAGUUUUCUAAGUGUCCUGCUGUGAUUGAAGCUGAGAAAGGAGGGAAACUCCAGAUGUUUGAUGGCUGCGUCAGUGGUGAAUAUGCAGAAUUGGUCCCAAGCCAAAGAAUUGUCUUGAAGUGGAGGUGCAGAAACUGGCCUGAUGGUGAGUCUUUCUGAGGACCCCUAACAGAGAUUGUGUUCCUGGGUGUUGCACCACUCACUUCCAGAUGUGGGACAGCCAAAAACCCCAGGAAACUGCUGCUGCCACCGGGAGGUCUGAGGCUGUGCGAGGAGGAACAGCCCCAGCCAGCUCUGCGUUCCUCUUUAAUGCAAGGUGUAGUGAACUCGAGACGACCUGUGGUUAGCAUCCUUCUUGUUCCCUCAGGCCUGCACAGCUGUAAGUUUGAUAAUACAUAUAAGCUUUCUUAAAUUAAAGACAUGAAAUACCUACCUCUUCAUCCCUGUAGGCUGGCCCAGCAGAAGAACUGGGCAAUGAGUUCCUCUGCUUUCACAGCCAGGAGGAGUUCUGUUUGACUGUCCUUACAGGCAAAAAAAGGACGUCUUCUUGUUUUUGCUUCACCAGCAUUCCUGCACCCUGCCCAUCUUCAUUGUAGGUGCUGGAACUUAGCUGACGUUAGUGUUGUAUUGCUGACCUGAAAGUUCAAGUUCUGCAUUCAGUUAUAUUGGGAUUUAGAAAAAUUGGAGAUAUGUUUGUUUUACUUGUACUAGGUGGCACUUUUCUAGCACUUUUAAUCACACCUAGUAUGAAGGGGGCAAUCACCAUUUUAGAGAGGCAAAACAAUUUAUUCUGGAGUGUUAACACUCCCUGUUCUCACAGACUCCCCAACAGUUUACUUAAAACCAAAGAACAUUAAAUUAUUUUUUAUCCUCAGUCCUUGAGCUGGAUGGAGCAAAGUUAGGAAUUACUUAUCAUUUGGUAACAAUACAAUGACAAAUGGUUUAGUAGCAUAAAUUUAGUUUGUUUUAUAAGUGAAUGUUUGUUUAAGAGUUCCCAGUAUAACAAAAGUGAAAAGUGGAGGAGUGGAGACAGAUGGAGAGAGUUUGAGGAAAACAAUCACUAAACGUAUUGGAAUUUGUGUGUUUGAAAAAAGGCACAGGAGCACAGAAGGCAUUCUAAGCAGAGCAAGCAGCGUGAAGAGACAAAGCAGAAACAGAAAAAAAUAGUUUGCGAUAUAACACUUCCAUAACAUAGUAAGUUUCUGGACAACCAACCUCAUCUCUGAGAAAGCCAAAAGGAAAAAUAAUUUAAAUGUGAAAGGGAAGAGUUGUAAGAGGACAGCCAAAAAAUAGGUGUAGAGAAUGAUCUUCACAAUUUGAGCCCAGGAGGCAGACGCUAGCUGUAACAGACUAUGCACAGUGAGGACAAUGAAAGGAGAAACAAUUUUAAAAGCUCAAUUUUGCAGGGGUUAAAUGGGAGGUAGGACCUCUAGGAGGAAAUAUGUAACAAAUUAAGUCAGAGUUGGGAUGAGUCGUGGAAGAGAAUAAAAGCUUUAAGAGAGGGAGGAAGACACUUGGAGGUUUUUUAAAGACAAGUGAAAACAAUGGUGUUCUUGAAGGCAAAGAAAU